UCUCGGCGCGUCCUCCGCGCUUCCCGCCGCCGCCGCCGCCGCCGCCGCCCCCGCGCGCGCCUCGCGGGUGCGGGAGGAUGAGCCGCAUCUACCGUGACGACGCGCUCCGCAACAAGCCCGUGCGGAGUGCGCGGCUGCCGGGCGCCUGGGCCCCAGCCGCCCACCAGCGGGGAAACGGCGUCCUGCUGGAGGGAGACCUGGUGGAUGUAUCUCGGCACAGCAUCUCGGAUGCUCAUGGCAGGAAGGAGCGCUACUACGUGCUGUAUAUCCGGCCCAGUUGCAUCCAUCGCCGGAAGUUCGACCCCAAGGGAAAUGAGAUCGAGCCCAACUUCAGCGCCACCAGGAAGGUGAACACAGGCUUCCUCAUGUCAUCCUACAAGGAGGAAGCCAAGGGGGACACCGACAGACUCACUCCCGAGGCGCUGAAGGGGCUGGUGAAUAAGCCGGAGCUGCUGGCGCUGACAGAGAGCCUCACCCCCGAGCAGACAGUGGCCUUCUGGAUGCUUGAGUCAGAGAUGGAGGCGAUGGAGCUGGAGCUGGGGGCCGGGGUACGGCUGAAAACUCGAGGCGACGGCCCCUUCCUGGAUUCAUUAGCCAAACUUGAGGCCGGAACAGUGACCAAGUGUAAUUUCGCGGGUGAUGGAAAGACGGGGGCGUCCUGGACAGACAACAUCAUGGCCAGAAAGUCUUCUGAGGGGGCUGCAGUGGAGAGCCGAGAGCAGGGGGACGGGGCGGAGGACGAGGAGUGGGACGACUGAGGUUAGGGAGAUGGAGUGCCUCCGGGGCCCGCCAGCACUAUUGAGGAUUUCUUCCAUCAACUUCCCCUCUGGAGCUGGAGGGGGCAGUCCGCCAAGCCUCAGCUGGUUCUUCCCUACAGCCGCGUGGAAUACCCUUUGAACAAGCUCUGCUAAAAUCGAAUCCAAGCCCAUGAUGUUGGCAGUGGGCCCCAUGCCGUGGCUCGUGGAGGGUCCCUCCCUGGAUGUGAGUCUAGCCUGCCUAGACACUUUCAUGAUGGCUCUUGCCCUGAGUGGCAGCCUUGUUUCUGGGGGCAGGUGGCAGGCAAGUCCCCAAGGCAAUCAGAGGAAUUGGCCUUGGUCUUGGUGCAGAAUCGGGGACUAUCCCUCAUCUGCAUGCAGAGUGGCUCAGAGGAGAACUUACCCAGCCUCCUUCCUCUGCUCUUGGUGUAUUUCCUGGUUUCCUUCCACCCCCGCCUGCUGCCCCGUGCUCCGCGUUGUGGCCUCUGCCCCUUUGCUCCAGCCUCCUUCCCCCAAGGCCGCUGGUUCUUUAUUCCUCCUCUGCUUCUCUGCCACCUGGGGGCUCCUGUCUCCUGACCUCCUUGGCUGCUCUCCUGGGGAUGCUGUUCUCAGGGAGCCUAGAGCCUUCCCAGGUGUGGCUGGGUCCCCGCCUCUCAGACUCACUCUUCCAGGCCACGUUUUUGAUAACACCUUUUUCGUUGUUGUUUUGUACCUUGAGAACUUUUUAUAAAUGAGUAAAUCUUCUGAAAAGAA